AGGGAGGGGUGACAUGCAGAGCAGGCAGCCGCGGCCUCGGGAGCAGCUGGAGCCGGAGCUGCCGGAGCGGCAGGCGGGAGCGGCGCUGGGGGGCCAGGCUGGGCGCGGCGCCCCCACCAUGGAGAUUGAAAAGGAGUUCCACCGGCUCGACCAGGCCGCCAGCUGGGCCGCCAUGUACCAGGACAUCAGGCAUGAAGCAAGUGAUUUUCCAUGCAAAGUGGCCAAACACCCCAGAAACAAAAAUAGAAAUAGGUACAGAGAUGUCAGCCCCUUUGAUCACAGUCGAAUUAAGCUAAACCAAGGUGACAAUGACUAUAUCAAUGCUAGUUUGAUAAAAAUGGAAGAGGCCCAAAGGAGCUACAUCCUUACCCAGGGACCUUUGCCAAAUACAUGUGGUCACUUUUGGGAGAUGGUUUGGGAACAGAAGUGCCGUGGUGUUGUCAUGUUGAACAGAGUGAUGGAAAAGGGAUCGGUAAAGUGUGCACAGUACUGGCCACGGAAGGAGGAGAAAGAAAUGGUUUUUGAAGACACAAACUUGAAACUAACAGUGGUAUCUGAAGAUAUAAAAUCCUAUUACACAGUACGACAGCUAGAGCUGGAAAACCUGACAACACAGGAAACUAGAGAGAUUCUGCACUUUCAUUAUACUACGUGGCCUGACUUUGGCGUCCCAGAGUCACCAGCUUCAUUCCUCAAUUUCCUGUUCAAAGUAAGGGAGUCUGGCUCCCUGAACCCUGCGCAUGGGCCCGUCGUGGUGCACUGCAGCGCGGGCAUCGGGAGGUCAGGAACCUUCUGCUUGGUGGAUACGUGUCUGCUGCUGAUGGACAAACGGAAAGAUCCUUCUUCUGUGGAUGUGAAACAGGUUCUGCUGGAGAUGCGCAAGUACAGGAUGGGGCUCAUACAGACAGCAGAUCAGCUCCGCUUCUCCUAUCUGGCUGUUAUUGAGGGGGCAAAGUUCAUUAUGGGAGAUGCUUCAGUCCAAGAACAGUGGAAAGAACUCUCCAAUGAAGACCUGGAGCCACCACCUGAGCAUACACCACCACCUCCCAGGCCACCCAAGCGAACCUCCGAGAUGCACAACGGAAAGAUGCACGAACAUGCAGAGUUCCUCCCUAAGCAUCAAGCAGCAGAGGAAGAGAUCAGCUGUUCGGUCAGGACUGUGGAAGAGACGGUUCCAGAUGGAAGAGCUUGUUCAUCUGGGCCACUGAUCACAGAGAGCACUAGUCAGGACACUGAAAUUCGGAGGAGAACUGUUGGUGAAAAUCUACGUCUCUCAUCCCACAAAGAAGAGUCAGUGAAGUCGGAAGGCUCAGAAGAGGAAGAUGAGAACGUGAUGACAACUUGGAAGCCAUUUCUAGUGAAUAUUUGCAUGUUCACUUUCCUCACAGCAGGAGCUUAUCUCUGUUACAGGGUGUGUUUUCACUGAUGGACGUGCCAGCGAGGUCGACCCUGCGGAAAACACCAACGACUUGAUGGGUUUGUAAUGAGCUUCUCUGAACGAAAGCCAGUGGAGGCUCCUGAGCCUUGCCUCAGUGGAGUAGAUCUUAGGUUGAAAGGCCAGAACUUCGGUAAGGGCUUGUAGAGAGAAUUGAUGAUGCACUAGGGUUUUAUCUAGCCCUGUGGUCCCAAGAACAUAAUAUUCUAAUCUCAGGGCCUUGAAAUAUUCAGGAGUAAGCAGAGAAAAUGCCAAAUAGUCUGUUUUCCUUUUGUUUUUUUUCCUUUCUUUUUUAACUCUACAAUAAUAGAAUUACAACACAUUGUUGUUUUUAGCCUUUUUUAAAAAGCCAGUGCUUUUUACUUUUUUGUGUUUCAGAAAAACCAGGCACAAGUGAAACUUGCUUGUACUCUCCAAGUGUUGUAACCAAAAACAUGACUUACAUUGAUGAGUUCCCAAAAACAGAGACAUGAAACCCACAUACCUGACGAAUGUAGACUUUUUGGGAGGGGAAGGUGUCGCAGGGAAGGGUUUGUGGUUGGUUGGGGUUUUUUGGUGGCCUUUUCUUGUUUUGGCUGCUUUUUUUUCCUCCACUUUAUUUUUUGAUUGGUUUGUCUUGUGGGAUUUUUUUUUCAUUUGUUUUGGGGUUGUUUUUUUGUUUGGUUUUCUGGUUUUGUUUUUUUUGUAAGUUGAGGUGUUUUUUUUUGUUUCAAUUUGCUUCAUCGUUAAAGACUGAGUUGUGGGCAGUGCCUGUGGUAUUGAUAUAUUUAAUCUUGGCAUAACUGUUCUUAAAGAGCUUAUUGUUUUACAUGUGUCUAUAGAAACAGGCUUCUGCAUUUGCUCAGGGUAUCCAAACAUGUCAAACUCUUUUGUUUUUUUCUUUGCCUUUUUUUUUUUCUUUUGAGUUUUUAAUAAGUGUAUCUCCUCACUGACUUUUGUUGCACUCUACUUGCACAUAUGCCUAUUUACAUUGCACCAUCCUUUGUAAAGCUGUCUUUACUUCUGUAUUCUGGGUUAGGAGAGGUUAUAGGGAAGGGUUAGAGAAGCAGGAAGGGAAAUUCAACCAAAACUUGUCCACCAGCAUUUUGCAGCUGUGCCGCUGGCACUCAGAAGGACCAGUUCUUAAACCUCAUCAUUUGGAAUGUAAAAUGCAGUUUCACUCUACACCUGUGUGCUUCCUGCAAGGGCCGAGAGGUAACAUGCGCACUCGCUGCCUGCAGUGCCUCCAGGAAAGCAUUUCAAUAAAUCCAGAGCAAUUAAUGCUGCAGCAGCUUCCUUAAGACAUAAAACGUUCACCAGGAGACACAUUGGUCUGUCUGUGAACGUAUUGGUUGGCUUUAUGAUGCAAGCGUUUGUGUAUUCUGCUUUUUUUUAAAGCAAAGAAUUUAGCAGUCCUGGCUUUAGUUUGGCCUGCAGACAGGCUCUUCAAAGGCUCUCAGGGCCUGCACCUCUGCAGACGGGGUGGCUGCUACCCCACGCCGAGCUGAGCAUGAGGGGUGGCUUUGUCUGUGCCAUGCUGUCGACUCUGCUCUGCUCGCCUGGGACCUGAGUAACGUCAAGUGCUUGUAAAUAAGGGUUUGGGUGCAUUGGUAGAACUGUGACUGGAAGUCAGCAUUGCACUAAGCAGCGUUAGUCAAUGCUGUUCCUCUUGUUAGUACCAAAUCAAAGAGUUCAAACAAUAAUAGCAAAGAUCUCUUUGCUUGUGUCAUGGUGUGGAGGAUAGGAGUAAAGUCGCUACUGGAAGCUGUAGUGACUGAAACUGAACCAUGACAGCUGAUUUGCAACAGUGUUACUAAUCACUUCUUUUAUUUUUAAAGGCUUCCUAGAUUUAUAGCACUUAACCACCCCUCUCAGUGCAAACAAGGCUACGGGGUAUCUUACCUAAGUCUCUCUCCACUCCAUAUUUAUUUUUGCAGAGCUGUCUGUAGGUGUAGCUCUUUUCCUCGAGUGAAUAACUUGGUGAACUGGGUGGGGGGUGGGGCUGGAGGGGCGAGUUACUUCUAUUUCGUGUUUUGUUAAGCUUGCAUCAAGGGCUUUUCAAAAGUACAAUAAUAAAUCCUCAGGUAGUACUGGGAGUCAAUACUUUACCUGUGAGACUGUUGGGUCAGACCAGUACUUGAAAGGAGGAAUGUUGUAAUCAGUCACUAUUUAGUUAUAUUAUUGGAAACAUGAAAAAAAAAUAAGUAUAGAAAAAUGGUAAUAUAUAAUGGCUCAUCUGUGUAUUUAAGAUACAGUUUGUGAUUGCUUUGUCCCCACUAUUCUCUCCAUCCUCUGGUAGAAUAUUGUUCUAAGGCAACAUUUGUAGCCCAUUUGUAUUAAAAUGCAUGUGAAGUCUCCUCGUGUCUCGGUGAAAUACCAUGUGCUUGAAAGGUGAAAGAACUUCUAUUUCUGCUUACUGAUGUGCCCAGAGUAUAUUUGCAUGAACUGAUCAUUAAGUGUCUGUGGUUCAAAGGGUGUUGCUGGAAGUAUCUUCGUUCAGCAGUAGACUGCUGUGGUGUUUAGCAGAUGACAUGUAGUCGCCUAAUCCUUGGCAUGACUUCCUAUUGACUUGCCGCAUACUCAGUGUAACCCGGGUGUUAGCAUGGUUCAUUUCAGCUGAGUCGGUGUAGUACAGACAUUCCAGAGAGUUUGGUAAGCCAUAUCCACACCUCACCUCUGCUCACUCCAGGCAAAGCAAGGGCUCCAUGAUUUCAGGGUAUGACUUGCUGUGCUGCCUUCAAAGCUGCACUGGAGGAGGGAGAGGAGAGAAAUCCUCUUUUGCUGGAUCUCAGCAGUGUGCUUUGAUCUGCACAAGUACAGGCUCCUGAAGCAGUGCCCCACUGAAAACAAAGAAGCAAAAUCCUUUCCCUAUUGUUCCCAAGAGGGAAUGUUUUAAAUUUUAGGCUUGACAGGAAAGGAAAAGACUUUUCCUUUGACUCCAGAGUAAUUCACUUGCAUGUUAUUCUAAUAGGAGAAGUUUCUGCAGCUGAGAGGUUGAACAUCCUCUUCCUGCCCACGUUAUUUUGACAUUUCCUUCAUCUGUUACAAGUCCAGAAGUUAGGCUGUCCCAGGACAGACAGUGGAAUGUCCCACAAGCCCUGUGAGGUGUGCAUAAGGCUUGUAAUACUGAACUGUCACCACUUUUGUUUUGAUGUCCUGUAUCUGUAGGUAGUAGUUUGGGUGUGUAUAUACAGUAGCGUUUCAAAGUGGGUGUAUUGGUUAACCUAUUCUUGGAAAAAAAACACGGGCAAACAUCCAUGUUAAACUUGUUAGAAAGUUAGUGAGCUGCUCUGCUAUAUGCCUUAAGCGAAUAUUUACUCAUCAGGUCUUUCUUUUUUACAGAGUGCCAGAAAGUUUUUUUACAAAAUAAAAAAAAAAAAAAAGAAAAAAGAAAGCAGCUGAAUGUUUUGGUAUAAAACAGUUUCAGGUAUCUUGUCUUUUGUGUAAGCCGCUGCAAAGACCUCCCAGGUUAUGGUCAAGUUGUACAGUUUUUCAAGUCCCAUACAAGUUUUCAGUUCUCAUUUUAGUUGUAACAAUAAAUAAAUCUGUUUUUUUAAAAGAA